UUAAACGAAUUUGCGAGCUGCGAGUCUGGCCAGACCUCUGAGUCAAACCGCUGUAGGAAAAGAAGGAAACAAAACCACCAGCCGGGGCGUUUGCGGGCAGAAGAUGGGGCGCAUUCGCUUCGGUACGGUCGAUUGUUUGCUCCUGUGGACGUUUGCUCCCCAAAAACUCUCGAGGACCUACGGGAACUGACCCAAGGACCGUCGGAUUGCAGGAGGUUGGCACAGGAUGAUGAUGACUGACCCUCAUAAAGGUUUUCUUCUGGCAGAAGAGUGGCCUUUGAGGACAUGAGCUAAGGAGAGUUGAGGAAAGCAGGGGUACAAGGAAAGAUGUGGAAUAGAAGCCUGAAUUAAAAGUCGUCUUUGAAGAGAUGACUUGGUCGCUUCUGACCCAAACCGUUCUGUGAUUCCUCCUGGAUCCUGGUGGUGGUCAGCUCUUGUCUGCAGCUGGGAACCUCUGUUGAUCUCCACACUUGCUGCAGAGCAGCCAUCUACCUACAGGUCAAGUUGAGGGAGGAAGUAAGGCUCCAAGGCUGCCCCUGCUGAGAGCCCCUGAGAUACUGAACUCUAUGGGAGCAGAGACCACUUGACUGCACUCAGCACCUUUCAGGAUCAGGCCCUAGGAAAUGGUCAGAGGAGCAAAGGGAGCAUCGCUGGAGAUUUGAAACAAAAACAAGGGUACCGGGCACUAAAUGAGAAUAUGGCAAAUGGCAUUGAAGAUCUUAUCGGGAUCCCAUUCCCGAACCAUAGCAGUGAAGUCUUAUGUGGUUUAAAUGAGCAGCGGCAUGACGGGCUCCUCUGCGAUGUCAUCCUCAUCGUACAGGACCAGGAGUACCGAACCCAUCGGUCCGUCCUUGCUGCCUGCAGCAAGUACUUCAAAAAACUCUUCACUACCGGCACUUUAACUGACCAGCCCUAUGUUUACGAGAUUGACUUUGUCAAGCCUGAAGCACUUUCUGCCAUCCUGGAGUUUGCCUACACCUCAACCCUCACCAUCACCACCUCAAAUGUCAAGCACAUCCUCAGUGCUGCCAAGAUGCUGGAGAUCCAGUGCAUUAUCAACGUAUGCCUUGAAAUCAUGGAGCCGGACAGGGAGGUAGAAGAGGAAGAAGACAAAGAGGAUGAAGAUGAUGAUGAAGAUGAAGAUGAUGAGGAGGAGGAAGAGGAAGAGGAGGAAGAAGUAGAAGAUUUUGUCAAUCAGGAGAACCUAACCGAUGUCCAAGAAGUAAGCUGUCACCAAAGCCCUUCGAAGUCUGAUCUUACCGAAGAAGCAUAUACAGAAGCACCUAAAGACUUUCCAAAUCACUACCCAGCCAAUAACUCCUCUGGACAGUUGGGUGUGAUACGAGACUUCUCCAUUGAGUCCUUGCUAAGGGAAAACUUGUACCCUAAGUCAAACAACCCGGAAAGGAGACCUGCUCUCUCUCCUUUCACUCCUAGCUUCUUCCCUCAUCUGUGGAAUGGCGAUUUCAGCUCCUUCUCCCAACUCGAGGAGCCACAAGUAGACAAUGGCCCCUUGGAUCUGGUCAUCAAAAAGAGGAAGAUCAAGGAAGAGGAGGAGAAGGAAGAACUGCCUCCGCCUCCUUUCCCUAAUGACUUCUUCAAGGACAUGUUUACCAACACCCCAGCAGCUCCCUUAGGGCAUAUUAAGGCAGAGACUGACUAUAGCGCUUAUCUCAAUUUCCUAAGCGCUACCCAGUUUGGAGGAGUUUUUCCCCCAUGGCCCUUGGAGGAAGAGAGGAGAAUAAAGCCCAAGGCAUCCCAGCAAUGUCCCAUUUGUAACAAAGUCAUCAUGGGGGCCGGCAAGUUGCCCAGACACAUGAGGACCCACACAGGAGAGAAGCCGUAUAUGUGCAAUAUCUGUGAAGUCCGCUUUACCAGGCAGGACAAGCUGAAGAUCCACAUGCGGAAGCACACGGGCGAGCGGCCGUACCUCUGCAUCCACUGCAACGCCAAGUUCGUGCACAACUACGACCUGAAGAACCACAUGCGCAUCCACACGGGCGUCCGGCCCUACCAGUGCGAGUUCUGCUACAAGAGCUUCACCCGUUCCGACCACCUCCACCGCCACAUCAAACGCCAGAGCUGCCGCAUCGCGCGGCCCCGGCGAGGACGCAAACCAGCAGCCUGGAGGGCGGCUGGCUUGCUCUUCGCUCCCGGUGGCCCGCCGGUGGAGAAGAGCUUCGUGAUGCCGCCAACGUUGGAGGAGGUGAGCGGCCACCUCGGCGGCGCGGCCAUGUGCCUUCCCGGCCCCAGCCCCAAGCACUUUUUGAGCGGGGCCAAGACCCCCUUCAGCCUACAGGAGCUGGAGAGCCAGUUUGAAGAAACCCAGAUGAAGCUCUUGAGGCGAGCCCAGCUGGACAUGGAGAGGAACGCGGGCAUCUUCGCCUUCGCCCUGGGCCAUAAUGAGAACCUCACCGCCCAACCCUUCUUCCCUCUCCCCGACCCUUGGAGCACGGGCUUCAGCGGCUUGGCGGGGCUCGGCCACAUGGCUCCUAUCUCAGAGGCGAGCAACUAAACCCAUGUCUGGUCCCGCCAUGGGUCGGCUCCCUUCCCAACAGGGCAAUGGGCUCCCUUGGGGGUCCCCUUCUGCCCUUUUGCAUCAUCUGGCUCCCAAGAAGCUCUUUGUCCCCAUGGCUUGGGGCACGGGGACAUCCCCACGGUGAGCAGGUGGGUGGGUGCUGCACCCCAUGGCCACCAGCACUUUAGACUCUACGAUGCACUUGACUUUGGGGCCGUGGGGCACUUGGUGCCCUGUCCAACCACCCACUCCUACUUGUUACAUCCGGGAAGGCCAGACCAGGACUGCUGCUCUCUUCAACACUCCCGAAAAUGUCAUUUGCCUUAGUCCAGGCCAUGGCCAUCACCAUGCGGUGGCUCUUCGUGGGGAGACAUUCCCCAUUUUCCAUCCACGAGGCCAUCUGGACACCACCAAGCUGUCUAGACAUGGUUUUGAUGUGUUACAUUCCUUGGCCCUUUUGAUCAAAAGGACUUUUGUUUUGUUUUCUGUUUUUUUGUUUGUUUGGUUUUUAGUUUUUGGGGAUUUUUUUCCAAUUAAUUCCCAUGUCUUGCAACAAAAUUCUUUCUACAAGGGAUAAAUGGGAGGGUCAAGCAGCCACGUUGGGCGGGAGAAGAUCCCGACCAUUGCCUUUCUCAGUGGUAUAUCAGAUUUGUAGUGCUGGUGAAAGCCGUAAAAAAUCACCCAGGAGCAGACCGGGCUGGAAAAACAGGAUCUUACUUAUUUUGUUUCUUUGGCCAUUUCCAAAUUUCAGAAGGAGAACCAAAGUCUGCUUCGAGUAUUUUAACUUCAGUUGCUUGAAAAUGUGAAUGCAAAUUCAUGGAAGCAUCAGAAAUGUUUCAAUCCUGAGGUGUUUUUAAACCCUCGCUUUGUGAAAAUAGAACACAUGGGGAUUUUGAAAUGAAUAAGUCAUUUCAAACCAAAGAUUCAGAAUUCACCGCUGCUGACCAUUCUGGGUUUUUGUCCUUAAUUCCCCCUAAUAUAUUGAUGAUAAAAAUUUACAAAACACUUGAGUGUCCCUUGAGUGUUGAUGGGGAAAAAUCAGGUGUGCAAAUUUCUGUGCUGCUCAUCUCAAGGGAUCUAUGUGGAUAAGGAGACCCCAAAAGGCUUCUUGCAGAUGAUUUUGUCUACUUGCAAGCAAGUAAAAUGCUAUUUCCUCACCGUUGGUUGGUUGAAAAUAUGAGGCAGUAACAUGACGGGCUGCUCCAAUCUGAAGGUUGCCCAUGGUGGCCACCAGGUCAGGGGUCCUCCCCAUGGUCCCUGCAGAUCUUGGUUUGGCCACCCGUAUCUAAUAUUUCUUUUGAGGCCAAAAAAAGUGGUAGAUUUGCUGGAAUUACCCCAUUGGCUUCCUUCAUCCUCUAAGAACGUGAGCUGCCCUCAAGGAUGAAGGCUUUUGAUGGCCACCUGCUUCUGAUGGCUCCUCUUAGACAUGGUGGGACCCCAGUUUCACCGCUGGCUGAGGUGUCUUGUGGUGGGUGCCCUGGGAAGCUGGUUUUACAGGAAACCAGCUCUCAAAAAUUUAAAUGCUACAAAAUUAGGGCUUUUUUUUUUUCAACGUCAGCAGAAUUAAAGGGAACGAGAGGACCAUGGGUUCAGUCAUUUUUUGGUUUGCCCAUCGAUAAUGGAGCCCUGAAGUGGCGGCUGGAUAAAGGUCUCCCCACCGAAGCGUGGGGGACACAAGGGGAUACAGCCCCAUCAUGAGGGCACGAUGGACUUCAGCUCUGAAACCACCCAUAGCAGAGCGAUACCAAGGAACUGCCCAAUGCUCUCUUCCUCCUCCAAAAAUAAACCCAGAAGGACUCCGCCUGCAACAAGUCAAUGGAGAAAAAUAAAGAAAAGAGAAAACUUCUUAAAACUGCAUCAAACUCUUUUUGUUUUUAAUCCGUAUCAACUUCUUACACAAGCAACAUUUUGCAGGUGACUGGUUACUUCAGGUGUUUUUUUUUUUUUGUCUACGAUUUGGAGUCAUUGUAAAGUAUCCAAAGAUGCUGAGUACUGUAUAAUCUACAAGGACUUGAAGCAAGGUGUUUUUUCUGUCUCAAUCUGUUUGUUGGGUUCGUUGGGUUUGUUUGUUUGUUUAUUUUUUUCCUAUUUGUCAACGGGGGAAAAAAAAAAAAACCUUUGCAAUUUUUUCUAUUUAUAACUAUUUUUACGUGAUUGCUUUAUGUACAAAACAAUGGAAAAAAAAAAAAACAAAACGAAAAAGGAGAGAAACACACAUACAGAGACAAAUUUGCCUUAGUUACUCACGGGACAAUCACCCUUAACUUUCAUUAACACUAGAAAGUGGAUGUAUUUAUUAAAGUGUAUGAAUUGAUGCUCUUAAAUUAUUAGCAGGACUUGGUUCUCUUGCCUGUGACCAUGAGGAGAGGGCUAAGCCACUGCAGGUGCUGAGUGGCCUCCCUUCUUGGGCCGGCUUGGCCACCUCCAUGGCCUCAGGUCUACGGAUGUUUGCCAGACACACAAUUUUGGUGCUUUCCAAAGACACCUUUUGGAAAGCCCAAAUAACCACGCAUUAAUUAAGCAUCUAGCUGGUAUGGGCUCUGGCCCAACUAGGGCUGUUGUCAUGAUGCUGAUGAUGAUUAACAAGUUAAGGUUGAUUUUCCCGCAUUGCUCUGGGUUGGGUUGAGUUGGAUUGGACGGAGCUGGGUGCUGGCAGCAAUCACAUUCUGGGGUGGGGAGGGAGGACUACAUCAAACUAUAUUUCUUCCCAUUUUGAUGUUGUAUGGUGACUCCAGGCCACAGGUAUCCACGUGGGAGCCUGGCUGAGCAUAGAGGGGCCUUCCCAGGGCUUCGAUCCUCAUCCCCAGCCAGGAUGGGUGUGAUGAGCACCAAACCUUGGGCUGGAAGGACACGGGGCUGUCUCCCAGCUGAUGGUGUGGUGGCUUAUUGGUCAACCUGGAGAACAGAAGCUCUGGGGAGACCUUAUUGCACCUUUCUGGACUUAAAAGGGGCCUGUGAGAAAGAUGGGGACAGACCUUUGAGCAGGGCCUGUUGUGACAGGACAAGGGCUGAUGGUUUUAAACUAAAGAAGGGAGAUUCAGUCUGGACAUGAGGAAGAAAUUGUUGGCCCUGAGGGUGGUGAGAGCCUGUCCCAGGUUGGCCAGAGAGGUGGUGGAUGAACCAUCCCUGGAGACAUCCCAGGCCAGGCUGGACGGGGCUCUGAGCAACCUGAGCUGGUGAAGAUGUCCCUGCUCAUGGCAGGGGGUCACUGGGGGAGCUUUAAAUGUUCCUGCAACCCAAACCACUCUGUGAUUCUCUGAACACAACUGACAUGAACACAAGCCCUGUAACUUGUGUUGCUGCUAAAGUUGCAGGAUUUCCUUGUUAUUUUUGAAAGAAGUGCAAACCCCUGGAAAAUACAUCCCCGGUAUGAACGGUGGGACUCAUCCCACAUCGUUCAGCCAUUUAGAAGUGUAGUAGCAGACACCUCCUGCACAUGUUGACACUCUAAUUUUGGGUGUCCUAACCUGCAACGUGAUUUCCAGCCUCCCUCUGAAGCCGUCCUGGCUCUGGAACAUGGCAGGUGCUGCUCUCAGGUGAUUCACCCCACCUACGCUGGACCUCCCAAGGGCGGGAUGAAUCACCUUCGAUGGCACCUGUCUGUCUCCUACCUACCAGUGUGGUUUGGCAAAAAUAGCUUGGACUAAACUGCUUUCCUUUUCCAUAGCUGCAGCAAGACAAGUUCAACCAUGGGGAGGGACGUUCCCGUCACUGCAACCCCCUCCUCAUCACGGAUGGGAUGCUGGCACAGGCCAGGGACCUUUCCCAGUAGGCUCGACUUCUUCCCAGUCUGUUUUCACUGGGAAUGCAAUGGGACAUAAGGGUCUAAAUCCAUCCUCCCAAGCGUGGGGAUCAGGGAUUUGGGCUUGUUGGUCAUACAUCCCCCUGCAAUCCCAACAAAACAUCCCAAGCUCUCACAGCCCACAGUUAUUUUCCUUUCUCCAUGCUGAUGAGGUGCACACCAUAGCAUCAGGGGCUCAGGCAGGGGUCUGCACCCGCAGGCACAGACCAGAAAUGUGGCUUGAGAAGAUAAAAAUAUCAAUCCCCCUCCCAGGGUGGGCAGUCGGUUGUUGGGGAUCUCACCUGUGCUCAGAGCCUGCAGGACCACGGCACGGUCAGCACGUGAACAGUGCGCUUUUGAGCACAGAAAACACGAAACAAAAAUAAGGCUAGUUACCUUUUAGCUAUUUAAAUGCAUUUUUAGUUGGUUGGUUGGUUGUUUUUUGAUCUUGUGGCUUUUAACCCCAUUUUAUGCUCAUAUUCUGGUUUGCUUAUAAUGCCAAAAAAAAGAAAAAAAAAAAAUUAGUAAGGGAAGGGUGGAAAAUCUGAAAAUUGCUCGGAGGAGCUGUGCACUAAUCAGACACAUGGGAAUCGCAGAAAGAAACCAGCUUUCGGUAAAUGCUUGUUAGCAGCAACAUAUGGCUCCACUCUUGCUCCCGAACAGCUGCUGUUAUCUGCUGGAUCAUCCAGACCCCGGUGGGGGACGUGGUGCUGGGGCGAUGCUGUGCAUGCAGUGUUUGCUUGCACCAGGUGUUGCUGCAGAAAAGGAGCAUCUCCUGUGUACAACCGGUGUGGAACUGGAUGGGGAACUCGUUGCCCUUGGCUCGAAAGCCUUUGGCGAGCAGUUGCGAGAGCCUCUUCCCCUUGCUGCGCGGGAGGAAUGGAAUACCAAAAAAGAAGAGUUAAAGCAAAAGGAAAGAUCCUGCACUUUGGGAAGGGAGAGGGUUUUCUAUCUGGCAGUUACCUGCAGGUUAAAAAAAAACAUAAAGUGAAUAAUUUCUUAAAAUACACCCUAAAACGCUUCAGACAUGAGUGUUUGGUCCUCAGUUAUGCUGCUCCCCACAGGCUCGUGGGACCCGCUGUGUUCCCCAUUUUCACAGCCACUUUGGAGGGGAUUAGUGCUUUAUUUACAGCCUGAGCGCUGGAAGAUGGUGUGAUUGCAGAGGGAAGUUUUGAGGUAAGCGAGAAAACGAUGUGAGACCCCAAGCAUCUCAUUUUAAGAAAAUGUUGUGUUUUGGAGCGGGUCACCCAUGACUGGGUUUUUAGGGUCUGCUGUUGCCUUUUGGCACCUCGGACAGCCUGCACCUCCUUGGGCCACACAGGAGUUUAUUUCCAAGCCAAACAAAAAAAGGGAAGAAAUCAGAAAAAGAAAAAACAACUUUAUUGUAAAAAAUACAUUGACUCGCCCUGUGUAGCCCAAGUGAACGCAGCCCCAUCCCACCUCCCAGCCCCAUCUGCUGGAUCCCCACCACCUUGACAGCAGGAGAGAAAAUACCUAUGGCUUGGAAAUGCCUUUUUAAAAAUGUUUUCCUUUGUUUUCCUGUGUUGAAUCGAUGUUUUACAUGACUUGCACUAAUUGCUGUAGGGCAGGAUACUGUUGGGUUUCUUUGUUUCGGUCUCUUGUUUGGUUGCGACUCCUCUUGGCUGAGUAAACGUCCUCUACACGUACCUGCUGCACAUUUUACUCCCCUGGAGAAAAUAAACUAUUACCUGAA